GUUACGAUACGAUAUAUCGAUACAAUAAUCAGCAUCCCUAAGCAAAACAGUGGUAACAAGAAUGUAAGAAAAACAGAAGAAAAAAAAAUGGGGGCAACGAUGGUAAAAAAUGGAAAUUUAUUGGAUGCCUUGCCUACACAGGGAACACUACACGUUGUUAUGCUGGGAUUGGAUUCUGCUGGAAAAACAACAGCGUUAUAUAGACUUAAGUUUGAUCAGUAUUUAAACACAGUACCCACUAUUGGAUUUAAUUGUGAAAAAGUGCAGGGUACCUUAGGCAAAGCGAAGGGAGUUCACUUUCUCGUUUGGGAUGUGGGCGGACAAGAGAAACUUCGGCCGCUCUGGCGAAGCUAUACUCGCUGCACUGACGGUAUUCUAUUCGUAGUGGAUUCUGUCGAUACGGAACGUAUGGAAGAAGCAAAAAUGGAGUUAAUGCGUACAGCCAAAUGUCCUGAUAACCAGGGUGUGCCUGUGCUGAUUUUGGCGAACAAACAAGAUUUGCCAAGCGCAUGUUGUCCCAAGCAACUUGAGAAACUUUUAGGGUUGCAUGAACUGCACUAUCCAAUAUCGAAUCUAUCAAGUACUUCCACCUCGACUUCAACUGGCAACAUUGCAGGUUUUGCCACAUCAAACCAAAGUUAUAUGGAUCAUGGCACAGCUUCACUAACUGAUGUGAAUAAGGGCAGUGAUAGUAGUCAUGUAAGCAUCACAGAUCAUUUCCAUCUGGAUUCUAAGAGCACCUCGGCCCAUGUGGAAUCUAAAUCUAAAGACUCCACCUUACCUACGGCAUUGAGCAAUCCGCAACAGCAAUUCUCAGUUAAACACAAUAAUUUAAAUGUAAAAGGCUGGUAUAUACAGCCCACGUGUGCUAUAACUGGUGAGGGGCUGCAAGAAGGAUUAGAUGCUUUGUAUGACAUGAUCUUAAAGCGUCGUAAAAUUAGUAAGUCUCAUAAAAAGAAUAAACGGUAAUAUUGUUUUUAAUUUUAGUAUCGUAAAAAGUUAAGUCUGCUUAGCACAAUUAAUUAAAUGUACACGCACUUAACAAGAAUAAAAAUAUCGCAU